ACCUCUCAAAACGGCAGCCGGCAGCUACUCCACCGCGCGUCAUGUGAGCUUCUCUCCGCGCAGGACGUCCGGGAAGAUGACCUUACGAGCCGGCAACGUCUCGCAACGCAAGAUGAUGUCCUCACCCGCAAUAUAUCAAACUGCCCUCGCUUUAUAAACGUGUCUUCCGAUGCGGCUGCGACAUCGAGACAUCGCUGCAGCUCUGACGUCAUGUAAGCUGAGACGUUAUCAGUUGGCAGCCAGAGCCUCCUUCAACUGAAGUCUUCCUCUAUACUACGCAAGCACGUAAAUAAUGAACACAGCGGAAUGGGUCGGGUAUCUUGCCACGGUUGUUACGAUCGCAAGCUACACCAACGGCAUACCGCUAUGUCGGCAGAUUUACAAGCAACGAAGUUCGCGUGAUGUGGCCUACCUGCCGUUGGUGUGUGGUUGCUUCUCGACCUUCGUGUGGUUGCAGUACGGCUUGGUCAAGCCUGAUCAUAAUGUGGUCGUCGUCAACGCACUCGGGAUCGUGCUUCAAGUAUUCUACGUGCUCUUCUAUUAUUUCUUCACCGAGAGCCAGCGUAUGAGUCAAGCGACAGGAAUGAUCUUCGGGCUCGUGUUGUUCAUGGCAUUUGUAGCCGUCUACGUGCACUCUUCUGCUUUUUCUGCAGAACACACCGCCGCAGUGCUGGGCAAGGUUGGAUCGCUGUCGUCGCUGUUCUUCUACGCAUCACCACUGCUCUCCAUCGCGGAAGUGCUGAAGAGCGGCAGUUCGGACAUCCUCCCGUCUUCCAUUAUUACCUGGUCUUUCGUCGUCUCUGCCCUGUGGGCAGUGUACGGACUUUUGCUCAAGGAUGCCAACCUCUACGUGGCCAAUGGGAUUGGGGUCUGCAUUACUGGGUUCGAGCUCUUCGUCUGCGCCUGGUAUCCAGCACGAAAAAAAUCAGAAUGAAAGCUUUCACAAACAACAAAGAUUUCUCUCGCAUUGUUGCCACACUA